AUAACGCUCUGGAUAACGUUAGCUAGCAGACUGGCCUGACCCACCGGUGUAGUACACAUAAGUGUUCCUGUCAGUCAUCAUUUUGAAGUAUACAGUUCUCAUGAGAUGUGCCUAUUUCUGUCCCGCCUUUUGUUCCUCCAGUUAGCUAAAGGCUGCCGCUAAACAGAUGAGAUAGCUAACUACCUAGCUAGCUAGCUAGCUAGCCGUGGAGCUGAGCAUCAGCACUGGCUUUAAGGAGAGCGAACAUCACUUGCAUCAAUCUGCACGUCCCGACCUGCCGGUUAACAUCAUUGUUAGCCAUUUAUAUAGUGAGGCAGGCAACCAUUGUAAAGCUAGUCCACAGACGUAUCAUAAGAUGUAUCAGCUCCCAGUGAACAACCUCACACGAAUCAGGAAGGCAAGGAAACAAGUGAAAAAAGCACUUGGAGACAUUGGACUGGAGUACUGCAAGGAGGCAGCAGAGGAGUUCAAAGAGUUUUGUCCUGAUGAGCAAUUUGUAAAGGGCAGUCUUUGCCUUGAUAUCUGUGCCUGGGAUCCAUCAUACUCUAAAACACAGGAAUACAGAUCGAAGCCAUUUUGCUGCACAGAGUGCCCAUUUUCUUCCAAAUACUACUCGGGCUACAAGAAUCACUUCCGCAAUGUACACAGGAAAAUCUUUGAUAGUAAAAUUCUGCUUAACUGUCCAUACUGCACAUUCACUGCAAGCAAGAGAACUUUGGAGACGCAUGUUAAAAUAUUCCACAUACCCAGUUCAGCAAGGCAGAAUUAUGGGAACUCACAGGGAACUGCACUGGGAAGGAACGAUAAAACGUUUCUUGAUAGGGUCAGACAGGGAGAUGGUGUGGAGAAAGCAAUGUACUUUUGCAAAAAAUGCACGUUCCGGGACACACUCUACAAUGUUGUGAGAAGGCACAUCUACAGGGAACAUUUUCAGCAUAUUGUGUCACCAUAUCUUGGUAUGGUUUCUGAAUCAUCUUUAAAAAAUGGUGCUAAUUCUGUCAAUGGCAACAACAUCCUCUGUAAACGCUGUCAGUUUUCCACUCGUAGCUAUGAGGCUCUAGUGCAGCAUGUUGUAGAGUACCACGAGCGCAUUGGUGCUCAAGUGACCACCAUGAUUGGACAUGCCAAAAUUGUUGUUGCCAGGUCUCAAUCCUCACCAGUUGCUUCUCAGAAGGCCCCUCUGAUUGUUGGCAGGGGCCACACAACUAGGACUGACCCAUUAGCACAACCAGUAAUUGGCUAUUUAAAGCCAGUGGCCCCUUCUGUUAAAAAACAGUCUUUUAUCGCAGCCAGUCAGGUGCGUGUCACAGUUCCUGGCAAAAGCACUGUGGCUGAGAAUAAUGUUGCUGGUGUAAACACAGCACAGACACAGAAGUGGAAGAUAUGCACAGUUUGCAAUGAGCUUUUUCCUGAAAACCUCUAUAAUGCUCAUUUUGAGAAUGCACACAAGGCAAAGAAAGUGUGGGCACUGGCCAAGUACAUCAUGAAAAUACACAACUUUACCAGCAAGUGUUUGCUUUGCAACCGCUAUCUUCCAAGUGAUACACUGCUUAACCACAUGCUAAUCCACGGGCUCACCUGUCCACAGUGCCACUCUGCUUUUCACAAUGUUGAGAAAAUCAUUGAGCAUGUGGCUCAGGCUCAUCCUGAUGACUUUGUUGGACCCCCUGGUGCAUCACCUCUAACAUUUGAUCUCACCAUUAAACAAGAUAAGUCCAGUAAUGUACAGCUUGUUGUGCUCACAUUUAACAUGAAGGAAACUAUCAAUGGUCAAGAUCAGUCUGCAGCUGCUCAAAAUAGCGUUCCACCUCUGGUCAAGCUAACUGCUCCCAGAAUGAUUGAGAAAAAAAGUGAACCACUUAGAAGUUUCCCCUCACUGGCUCACAAGAGUGAGGUUGGGAAGACUUUGUGUCCGCUGUGUUUUACCAUACUCAAAGGUCCCAUUUCUGACGCUUUGGCUAUGCAUCUGAGGGAGCGACAUCAAGUGCUCCAAACAAUGCAUCCUGUUGAAAAAAAGAUGACGUACAAGUGCAUUCAUUGCCUGGGAGUGUACACCAGUAACAUGGUGGCCUCCACAAUCACGCUGCAUCUUGUGCAGUGCAGGGCUGUUGGUAGGAACCAGGCAAGCCAAGGCUUCAAGUCUGCCUUGACUCUCAACUCAUCUGGGGCUGGCUUCCUCAAGAGGCAGCCACCAACGCUGGCCAUGUCCAACCCCAAGAGGAUGAAACUAAACAAGGAGUCAAAGAUUUCCUCCACAACUGUUGGAAAUCAGUCUGAAUCUGACGGCCUUGCUCUGGAUCCUAGAAGCUAUGAGCACAAGACGUAUGAGGCCAGGAAAAAUUUCCUGACGUCUUAUUUCAACCGGCGCCCAUAUCUUUCUCCUCAGGAAGAGGAGAAGCUGUCUGCAAGUCUGUGGCUCUGGAAAUCUGACAUUUCCAGUCACUUUGCAACCAAGCGAAGGAUGUGCGAGAGACACUGCCAGACCAUGAAGCUGUCUGUGCUGCUCGGCUUUGACAUGCAUGCUGUAAAGAAAGUUAAACAUGACUUGAUAUUUGUGGAGAGCAGCACCUUAGAGGGGAGAUCUGGAGGCCUCAAGUCUGGUACUCCAAGCACAGACCAAAACAAGCAGUGUGAGACACUAAACUGUACGUUAAAACUCAGAACAUGCACAGAGACUAUUUCCAUUGACUCAGACAGUGAGCCAGAACCGGAGGAUAGACCAACUGAGAAUGGAAAUGCUGACACAAACCAAGAUGAAAUUGUAAAAUCUGAGGAGCCGGCAAACCUGACAGAAGAGACUGAACCCUUAAACAUGGACGAUCCCUCUAGAGAGGAGAGCUCUUUGCAAGAUGGGAAAACAAAUGCUUGCAUGACUCUCUGUUAGUGACACUCCUUAGCAGUGUGGCAUGGCUGACAAACAGUGUAUGAAUUAUGAAAAAAACACGUCCACCGUCAGUUAAAAUUCACAAAUAUUUGGUCAAAUGGCACAGGUGACUAAACUGUUCAGUUCUAGAUGUUGACCUUUUUACCAGUGUUGGACAGGACAAAUGUUACAUUAUAGUGCAUAUAUAUGGCAUAUGUAAGUGACAUUGUAUAUAUUUUAGCCAUUGUUCUUUUGUUAGUUUCUUCAUACAAUCUAUGUUAUUCACCUUUUUAACUGUCACAAGAUUUAUGAAAUAAUUAUCCCAACUUCCUCACUUCAAUAGUUUUUUUUUUUUUUCUCAACUAUGACAAGGAACUGUAUUAUAUUGUCAUUUGACCUUUAGAACGUAUAGGAUAUGCUAAUCACAUAUGUUCAUGUUUUAUUAAAUAUGUUUAAUAAAAACAUUUAAUUUUUUUCCUACACCAACCA